CUUUAAUCAUGAUGCUAUUCCCCCCCCCAGUAAAGAACUGCGACACAGUACAUUAGGCUUAUUGUCUUAUUACUAAAAACUACAUUUCACAACAAGAAAAACUGAAAGAUGAAAAAAAAAAAUUAAUUUUUAUUUAUCGACAAAAAAACAAAACCAAUAUCAGAAUAAAGUCUUAGAGAAGCGAUCCAUCCCGGCGGAUAAAGUCCAGGAAUCCCAUUAACAGACUGCAGACACGGUGACUGUCCAUACCGGGGGCUCAGACCCGGGGGGGGGGUUUAGGGUGUCCCUGUAAUGUGAGGCCGGUAGGUGCCCCCGGUCGGUACCCGCAGUCCCCCAGUCGGCCGGCGGUGGGGGGUUAGGGGGUCCCUGUGAUGCCGGUAGGUGCCCUCGGUCCCGGGUUACGAGUCGUCCGGUUUGUCUGCCGGCGGGGUGGUGGUUAGGGGGGUCCCUGUGAUGCCGGUAGGUGCCCCCCAUUCCCCCCGGUAGGUAGGUCUCUCCGGUUACGAGUCGUCCGGUUUGUCUGCCGGCGGUGUGGGGUUAGGGGGUGCCUGUGAUGCCGGUAGGUGCCCCCGCAGUCCCCCCGGUAGGUCCCCCAGACGGUUACGAGUCGUCCGGUUUGUCUGCCGGCGGGCCGCACGGUUGCAGCAUUUUCUCCAUGAGGUUGAAGCGGACCCGGGCUUUGCUCUCGUUCUCGGCGGCCGCGAAGUAGUUGAGGAGGUCGAAGUGGCCCAUGUAGGAGCAGUACGAGUCCCGGUGCUGGUUCACCAGCCAUUCCCACUUGGUGGUGUCCGCGUGGCCGGUGCCGAUGUAUUUGGACUGGAGGUGCUCGAGCUGGCUGUGGAUGGUGUACCGGUCCGUCAUGGCCGCUCUCUGCCGGGAAACACACACACACGGUGACCGGAAACAACCAACUGCCGGGAACUGACCGGGAGCGCACGGAGGGGCCUGGUGUGAGGCUGGCAGCGUGAGCGGAUAUGACGUAGGCGGAGGAGGAGAGCUACCGGAAGUCAUAAACACGUGACCAAACCAGCCAGCUCUUAUUGUUAUACAUAGACCCCCCCAUACCCUCCCCCUCAUUGUGUAAUAGGCUCCCCAUUAUUAUUAGGACCCCCUGACCCCCCUCAUUGUGUAAUAGGCUCCCCAUUAUUAUUAGGACCCCCAGACCCCCCUCAUUGUGUAAUAGGUUCCCCCUUAUUAGGACCCCUGACCCCUCAUUGUGUAAUGGUUCCCCCCUGACCCUCAUGUAAUAGGGACCCCUCCCCUCAUUGUGUAAUAGGUUCCCAUUAUUAUUAGGACCCCAUGACCCCUCAUUGUGUAAUAGGCUCAUAAUUAGGGACCCCUGAUCCCCUCAUUGUGUAAUAGGUUCCCAUUGUUAUUAUUAGGACCCUGACCCCCUCAUUGUGUAAUAGGUUCCCUAGGGACCCCUGACCCUCAUUGUGUGGUAAUAGGUUCCCCAUUAUUACUUAUUGGUACCCAUGGACCCCCUCAUUGUGUAAUAGGUUCUCUCACCCUCAUUGUGUAAUAGGUUCCCCAUUAUUAUUAGGACCCCUGACCCCCUCAUUGUGUGUAAUAGGUCCCAUUAUUAUUAGGACCCCCGGACCCUCAUUGUGUAAUAGGACCCCCCCUCAUUUGGCUAUUAGGACCCCAUGACCCUCAUUGUGUAAUAGGCUCCCUUAUAAUAGGGACCCCUCAUUGGUAAUAGGGACCCCAUGACCCCUGUGUAAUAGGUUCCCUUAUUAUUAGGACUCCUGACCCCCUUGUGUAAUAGGUCCCCUUACAUAGGGGACCCCUGAUCCCUCAUGUGUAAUAGGGACCCCUGACCCCCUCAUUGUGUAAUAGGUUCCACCUUGUUAUUAGGACCCCCUGACAUGAGUGAUGGGGGCCAGGGGAGGGGACACUCCCCCCCCCACCUUAUAGAUAAUGCCCUCCAGUUGUAGGUAAUAGCCCCCCUAUCCCCAUCCCCCCCAUCCAUUAUACUUUGGACCCUCCUGGCAUGGGUGGUGGAGUCCAAGGGAGGGGACCCUAGAUCCCCCCCAAUUAUAGAUAAUACCCCCACCCCUUUAUUACACUAGUCCCCCCACCUUUUCUAGCAACUGAAGAGCAAUAGGUGCCCAGUCUCUAAAUAUAAUGUUUAGUAGACAUGCUGGGGGCAUAUGGAUUUUUUUAUUUUAUUUUAUUUUCAUGUGGCGGCUUGUUUUCUAGUGCUGGCCAGUCACCACAUAGUUAACACUUAGGCCGCCCAGUGAGUGAUUAUUUGCGUUCGAGAAUCUUGCCAAAUGCAUUCAGUUCAUCACCUGCCGCCAAUUCCGGUGGUGUAGACUGGGUUCAGAUGCGAAAAUCUCAGAUUUUCUGAAUUCGUCCGAACUAAUGUUACAGAAUCGUCGAAACAACCGAAUCCUGACUGCAUUUUGCUUUGCUAAAUCUGUGAAUUCCAAUGCAGUCAUAAUUCGGUCGUUUUCACCGGAUUUUGUCCAUUCCUUACACUUUAUAGUUUUCCCUUAUGCCAAUAGCUCAGAAGCAAGUAAACCUACUCUGUGUGUAUGACAUCUCUGUUUUUAUUCAGUUUUGCUAGCCAUUUCCUCACUUUUUCAAUGAAUGAAUACUUGCUAGGAGAGCCAUUUUUUUUUUAACUCUUACAGGGUCAAUCAGUAAAGUGAGAAUUCAAAGUGGAUUUCACAUUUAAAGCCAGCGUAGCUGAAUUAUUUUAUUUCAAUUUGGCUAAUCCUUUACAUUGCCCUUAUGAAAACCAUGGGAGAGCUCUACUCAUCCCUUAAAUUAUUUGUGUGUAAGUGUAUGCUUUAUCCUUGAAAAGGGAGAAUGAAGUGGAGCGUAGGGUGAGAAAAUUAAAUUUGCAUUUGAGUUGGAAGACUUUUCGCCUUAUCCAGAUCCCAUGUACUUUGGCGUUCUUGUUGGGUAUCAUGCCAGAAAAGCAGAAUUAUUAUUUGCACUCUACAUUAUAUUUGGGUGUCUAUUCACUUAACAGCGAAUUGCGGUGACUUUAUAACCAGGUUGCAAAAUGUAGGCCACACUGACCAAGCUGUAAAAAAAUGUCCAACUUGACCAAAUUGUAGACUUCACCCUAUUUUAGCCUAAAUUUGGCUAAUCAGUAACACAUUUCGUUUUUUUUUUUUUAGUAAAUAGACCCAUUUUGUUAUAACUGAUCAUCCUUUUCAUAUACUGUAUAGCCAGCUGUGAUUUUCUGAUAAACAUAAUAUCAAAGGAAUGUAAAAUUGGAUUUUUAUCUUAUUUGCAGCCCAUGGUCAAUUCUCCACCAUUUCAACUUGAGUGAAUAAGCCCCAUACUGUACAGGACAGCUACACUGUAUCAGGGAUGUGCUCCUAGCAACAGAUGACAAAUCCAUCUUUUGACUCUCACAGGCUGCCAGCAGGAGGAGACUUUGGUAACUUUAACGUCCUACUUUGGAAUUACCCAUAUUGAUGUCUCCUCCUCUGCCACUUGUGUACAUCUUUGUCACACCAGGAAGCUGGGACUUUAUUACUUAACAGGAACAAAGCAGUGAGGAGUGGACCAGCUGCAAGAUGCAGGGCUUAGUCUGGCUGACCCUUUUUUCUGUCUUUUGUGUUUUUUCUGCCAAAGAAGGUAAGUGAUCACGUGUACCCUGUGAAUUAUUUAUUGAUGUAUAUUUAUAUGGAAUUGUCUAGCCAUUUAACACCUAGAUGUGCUUUCACCUUUACAGAGGACAAUCCCAAACUUAAAAUGGACAUUUAUUGCUAAGAAAAUGGUGGUCAAAAGAUAGAUUCUGCUAGGUGUUAAACUACAUCUCCCCUGAAUAUUUGUCAGUAUUUAGAAAUGAGAUCUAGGACAGUUGGUGAGGUCUAUUGUCUGGGUACACCUGGCUGAGAACAAGUUUCUUAUUUGGCGUGUAGGAGGGUGGUCAUCUACAGAAUGCAUGUUAACCAGCUGGUUAUUAUCUUGAUUUUUGAGAACAAAAAAGUUUGUUGUUUUUUUUGUUGCAUUGUGCUUUGCAGAAUUGGUAAUAAACACAAUGCGUAUCAGAUAUGUUGAACCUUUAGCUUUGACUUCCACCAGCCCCUCCUCUACAUUUCACAGAGAGAUCUGGGGGUUGUAGUUUACUUACAGCUGAAGGAGUGACUUUCAUGUCUUUCAAACUAUUUCCAUGAUUGUAGAAUUGUUAGCAGAUCACAGAAUUAUUCACUUGGAGGUCUACUCACUAAACACCAAAUUGUAUCAAAUUAAAACCUGAAUGGUAAAAUUUAGGCUAAAUUAGAUCAGGAAAAAAUCUCUAGCUGAGCUAUAGUCACUGCUUGCUUUUUCGCCUAUAGUCUGUAUUUUGGAUUACAAUUUACAACAAUUCAGAAUUUUUGGUGAUAUCUUUAGACAUUCAAAGUGAAAUUGUAAUACAUUUGGCCAAAACAGCUGUGUUAGGAAAAUUUCAAAUGGGGAAAAAAAAGUUAAGUACUAAAAUUAGAAUGUUUAGUUCCCUAGGACAGUAGGAGACAUCCAGGGCUGUCAAAGACUAAACCCUAAAAUUGGAACAAACUUGAAAUUGACCUAACCUUUAAUGGAACAGAUCAUUCCUACCUGAUCAUAACCAAAAUCCUCAAAAUUAUUAAUAAUUAAAAAAAAUCUAGUAACUAAAUAAUGUAUAUACAAUUAUUUGUUUAAUGUAUAUACCUCUAGGUGCAACAUUGUAUGUACAUUAUUUUGUCACUAGGUUUUAAAAAACAAAACAAAAACAAACACAUUUAAAUGAGGAAAAUUCUCCUAGUACGUCAUGCAUCCAAUUUAGCUAUUUAGGACAUUUUUCUUUUUCCUUUAAAUUUACUUUCAGUUUGCACUUUAAUGAAUAACCCUGUGGGUGUCUGGCUCAGUAACCUAUAUUUCACAGUGUUAUUAUUGUAAUUGCUAAUCAUAUUGCGUUGACGCCCUCUUAAGUACAUUUGUUUGCAUUAUUAUUGAAGCUGAGUAUAAGUGUUUGCGUAUGUAUUACUUUCACUUUUCGUGCACUCAAUAAACUAACCUAAAGGGACACUAAAAUCGCUGUUACUUUUGUAGAUUAUUAAAGUGGUUAUGGUGCAAGGAAUCUUUGAGUGUAGUCAGUCUUUUUUUUUUUUUUAACCUAUUUUGUACAGAUUCCUUAACACAGGGCUCUCCCAGCAUCCAUAGCAUGCCUCCCAAUUGCUGCUGACCUUAUUCCUUCCAAGGUUGGAUGGCAGUGAUAGGUUGUGAGAUGGUAGGGGGUUAAAAUUGCAGCCACAGCCUGCUGUUGCUGUCUAAAAUUUCUAUAAUUCUAAUGAGAAAAUGAACCAAAUGCAUUACCACUGGCACCAAGAGAACCCAUUAAAAAAAAAAACUAAAAAAAAACCAGUUUAAAAGGGUUUAAACAUAAACUGGCGGGACUGAUAACAACCAUAACCACUGUAAAAUGCUGGUUAUGAAGCACAGUUUCCUUUUAUCUAAAAAGCACUCUGUCACCUUUACGAUGACUUAUGUUUUUUUUAUUCUGCCUAUAUAUUGUGCACCCUGGAUAACAAAUGUAUAAAUGAGCAAAUAUUAAACUAAAAUUGUUUCCUCCUCGUGUCCUGUGCUGUUUUUUGGCCCCAAGCUAACCACGUGAUAGUAGUACAUAACUUACUAUGGUCUGUAAUAAAUCCCAGAAUGCGUUGGUCUUGGGACAGAUUAUUCUUUGUUAGUUGAGGUAUAAAACGUGUUUGCAGCUGGUUUGCCAUGCAACAGAUUGUUGCUUUUAACAUUUUAAUAUUUUUUUUCUUCUUCUUCUAAUUGUUUAACCGGUGCAGGACUCUGGUGUUAGACCAGAUUUCCAGAGAAUUUUUGCCAUUCCUGUAACAUUAAUUUGCUACAUAGUAACUCUGUGCCAAUCUUACUUAGGCCUUGUUUCUAUUUUAAUAACAACAAAUACUGGCAGUAAUUGAGAGGUGUGUCACACUGUAAUGUUAUUUAAUAGGACAGUAGAGUCACACGUCUCAUGUUAAAUGAGGCGGAUCUGGAAAGGUACACAGGAGUGCACAUGAACAGGUCUACACCUGAAAUAUAGAGAAAGAAUAGACCUUUAUAGGUUUAGGUUUUGUUUAGGUCUUGAUUAGCUACAAAUCUUUCAAAUUGACACAUUCAUGUGAGGGGAAUUUGAAUGAAGCUGUAACCACGCCAAGCCUAUUCCAGGACAUUUUGUGAAUUUACAGUGACCUCAACAACUACUACAUACCACCCAAUAGUUCCGUAUUAGAUGAUUCAGUCCAGUGUUCGGGUCUCCCCAUACAGUUCAGUAUGAGCACAUCAACACACGUACUUGCACUGUGCUCAUUAUCCCGAUGGGCAGAAUGGUUCAGAAGUACUUUGUGUACGCAAAGGCAUUCUUGCAUGAAAUCCAAGAGGUCAUCAUUAGAAAUUAAUUUUUAAACCCUCUCCAUGUGGCCUUGACAGCAGCAGUCCUUUAAGUUAGCUAUUUUAUUAGUGUGUUUCUCUAUUAUCUGUUUAUGUGUUAGAACUAUAUCUGACAAUCUGUUUUGGAAGUCCAUGGUUUCAUCUAUUUUGGAUUGAAUGUGGGUGGUGUGUUCACCUUAUUUCAUAAGUGCUGAAACAUGCUUAAACUGUUUCCAAUCUGUCUUGUUUAAAUUACAUUUUCUAUCCAGGUGCAGCAACGUUAGCAUUCUUCGAUGAUGAAGUAGAAUUGGAAUACGGUGAAAGUCUUGAUGGUGAGUCCUUUUUUAGACUUGUAUGUGGUGACUUGAGACUAGCUCAGUGGUUCCCAUCGUUCUUUGGACCAAUGCACAAUUUGAUGAGAGAAUAAUUAUUUUAUUUUUACUUUCAUCAGAAGAUUAUAAAUGUCUCACUAGAAAGAAAUGCAUUCUAGCCGUGUAGAAUUAUUACAGAUGGAAAGCAAAAAAAAAAUACACACACAUUUUAAGGGUCCCAUUCAACCUAUAACAACCCUGAAGUCGAGGAGUUCAUGGUGCACUUUGGGGCUUGAGGCAUAGCACGGCACACUGUUUGCAAACCUACUGCACUAGACAACAAGAUAAUUUUUUUUAAUGAAUUAUGUAUUGCCAAGUUGUAUUUGAGCCAGAGUGUACAGGGAAGUAUAUCUGUUGCACCUGUUGUGGGAUACUGACCUUGUCAGUGAUGGUUGGCGGUUUGCAUGCACAGCCCCACCAUGCAAUCUAGGAUGCCAUAAUGUGAGGGCAGGCAGUUUGCAGGGAGCGAUCUUCAGGUAAGUAUAUGUUUUAGUCGAUUUUGGAGAGCACAGUCUUCAUGUCAUUAACACUUAAAAGGAUACGAUAGGCAUCAGCACAACUUAAUUAAAAAGUUUUGGUGUAUAGAUCAAGACCCUAAAGUCUCACUGCUUAAAGGACCACUAUAGGCACCCAGACCACUUCAGCUUAAUGAAGUGGUCUGGGUGCCAGGUCCAUCUAGGUUUAACCCUGCCUGCUGUAAACAUAGCAGUUUCAGAGAAACUGCUAUGUUUACAAAUGGAUUAAUCCAGCCUCUGGUGGCUGUCUCAUUGACAGCCACUAGAGGCGCUUCUGCGCUUCUCACUGAUUUUCACAGUGAGAAGAUGCCAGUGUCCAUAGGAAAGCAUUGAGAAUGCUUUCCUAUGAGACUGGCUGAAUGGGCGCGCGGCUCUUGCCGCGUAUGAGCAUUCAGCCGAUGACGGCAGAAGAAGGAGGAGAUUCCCCAGUGCCGAGGGAGCCUGGUGCUGGAGAAAGGUGAGAAUUUAACCGCUUCCUCACCCUAGAGCCCAGCGGGAGGGGGACCCAGAGGGUGACGGGGACCCAAUGACCCUAUAGAGCCAGGAAAAGGAGUAUGUUUUCCUGGCACUAUAGUGGUCCUUUAAUUUUAUGGCAUGUAGGAGUUAAAUCGCUUUUGUUUCUGUUUAUGUAGCCCAAGCCACACCUCCUCUGUAACUCACACUGCCUGCAUGAAAAAAAUGGUUUAAAGUUCAGUCAGACGUUAACUUGCUUUAGAAGUUUUUAUUUCCUCCUCUGUAAAUUGAACUUUAAUCCAGUCCUGAAGUAUCCCUAUAAAGUUUGAAUGUUUUAGUUCCUUUUUUUUUAAUUAUUAUUAUUUAUUAUUCACUGGUCUUGUCCAGCCCACUGGCAUGGCGGUAAAGUCUACCAAUAUGAAAUCAAAGGUUGUCAAACUCCAGUCACUGUUGACUUUAUGAAUUGAUUUUGUUUUUCAGAAAAUGCUGAGUUAUAUAUUUCUGGACCAGAAUAUCCAGUACUGGAAGGAGUUUCUGUGACUUUGGAAUGCUUUUCUUCCAAUUACACAGACCUGUCGAAUUUUACCUUCCAGAAAUACCUCCAGGUAAGUCAGCAUAUUUGCUAUUAUAUGGAAUUAUACACAUUUUCACAUUUUUAUUGUUUGUACAACCCUGUAUAGUGAAAUUUCUUUUAACCCCUUAAGGAAACAUGACAUGUGUGACAUGUCAUGAUUCCCUUUUAUUCCAGAAGUUUGGUCCUUAAGGGGUUAAACUGUAUUUACUGGCAAUUUCUCAGAGACUCUAGGUAACUGGAGGUGGCGUUCUACGUGAUUAGUCAUCAUACGAUGGCAAGUUUACUUUUACUUGUUAAACCGGUUUGACAUCCUAGCAAACACUACUUUACGGAGAUAAAAUGACCUCUGACUUUUUCAUAAUUAACAGUUUUGUUUAUUUUCUGUUUGCAGCAAAAUAAGCAUUUCAAGGGAUACAGAAAGAAGAAAAAGGGGGAACGGGGAUAACAUUGCAAUUUGUAUACAUAUCCGACUUGCCUGCAAUUUUUACAUCUUAAACUUUCGACCAUGUUUUCAGUAACUUCAUAGGUCUAGACUUAGGCGCCUCGGCAUGAUAGUUCUAUAUAUCCCCCGAAGUAGGGUUGUAGGUAUGGUAUUUAUGGAUAGUAGGACAAUGAAACCUAUUUACAUGGGUUAUUUACAUCCUAUAAUUCCUAAGUCUGUGUGUCCAGGUUUCUACUAGUGUAUGCUCUGUGGAGGUUUGUCCCCUGGGUCAUUUACGGCUUUCCUUGACUCUCUGAUUGGGUCUCGUCUUGGUCAUCUGUUUGCUCCACAUCAAUCCCACUCUCUCUUGGUUUUGGUGUGUUUCGCUGCCAUUAAGGGGGGGUCAAGGUUGCUAUUCUGAUCAUUUGCGUGGGGAUUGUCUAUGUAUUUGUGAUCUCUGACUUUUAAACCCAACAUACCUAGAAAAACCAGACCGACUGAACACCUUAAAUACACUAACUGCAGCUUUACAAAAAAAGAACAUCCCCUUAGAGUACUUCAAGCUACACAGGUGACAGAGUCACUUUAAACAUGGUAAAAAUGGAGCACACGCUAAUUCACUAAAAUAUGGAUUGUCUGAAAUUCUAAGUGAAAUUCAAGUUUUAAAAAUAUAAAGUUUUAAGCAUUAUAACCAAAGGUGUACCUAGGUUACAUGGCACUCAGACCGAAAUGUAUUUUGACACUCUUUUGCAUGCACAUACUCCCAAAUAUAUAUUCAUGGAAUUCAUAUUCACAUACCCACAUAAGGACACAUACACACAUUGAUAUAUUGACACAGACAUCAAGCAUUCAUAUUGACACAGACAUCAAGCAUUCAUAUUGACACAGACAUCAAUACGUAAACACAAAUUCAUUUUCAUUUUGGGGAGGGGGCGAGGGGUUCGCCCAAGAGAGAUCCGAGCAGCUCCCUCUCUUCUCUCUCUGCAGCCACUAGAGGAAAGCAGAAAAAAAGCAGGCACCUGCUGUGCAGCGCCCCCACCAGUAUUGCACUUCACUCUGCUCGCUCCUCUGCCGCCUGUUACCUGGGGCAGACCAUCCUUCCAGACUACUCUAUUGAUCAUAACCACUAUAGCCUAUUGUAAUGGUUAGGGUGCCAGGUAUCAUCUAAAUUUGAUAUGUAAAACUGUUUAGCAUAGUUGGUUAAUUUAUGGAUUUCCUUCCUACCACACGCGAAGUCCACACAAUGUAGGGCAGCACUCUUCAUUUGCUGCCCAUCUGGGUGUUGAAGUGAAAACCUGACAAAAAAGAUUUCUCUCGUUUUCAAGUAUGUCCUUGGUCCACAAAGCAUUGCAUUGAUACAAUAGGGUACAAUAAAUACAAAAUUUAACACAGAGCUGGUAGGAAAUAUAUGAUCAAGCAUGACAGGUGCAUUCUGUUUUGAGGUAUGUAGAGAGGGAUCUCUUAACCCCUUAAGGACCGAGGACGGUUCAGGACCGUCAUCGGCAUUUUUGCGUUGCCGACCGAUGACGGUCCUGAACCGUCCUAACGGUCAGAGCUACUUACCUGAUCGCCGUCGUUCCCCCGGCGGCGAUCAGUGUGGCUCCGGUUGUGGGGAGACUGUCUGCAGCCCAGGCAGUCUCCCCACGGCAGAUUAGGACCCCUGUGGGCAUGUGAUCGCUUAACACAGCGAUCACAUGGUCACAAUAGGUGUCCAUGUGUCUGCCUGCAGGGGAACUGUCUGUGCUGACAGGCAGUCUCCCUGCUAGUGUAAAAUCAAAAAAAUAAAUAAAGUUAAUGUUAAUAAAAAAUAAAUAAAUAAUUAUAUAUGUGUAUAUAUGAUAUAUAGACAUAUAUUAUAUUUAUAUAAUAUAUGUCUAUAUAUCAUAUAUAUAUAAUGUCAUACUAAGUGUAUUUUUAUAUUAAUAUGUACUUAUAUUAAUAUAAAAUACACUUAUAAUUAAAUUACACACGUAUAUAUAUAAUAUAUAUAAUAACUAUAUAUAUUGUAUAUAUAUAUUAUUAUAAAAUAUAAAUAAUAAGUAAUUUAAAUUAAAUAAUUUUUUUUUAAAUAAUAAUAAAAAAUUUUAAAAAAUUAUAUAGCUAUAUGAAAUUUUAUUCUAACUGUAUUUUAAAAUUAAUAUAUAUAUAUUUAUAUCAAAAUACACUUAGAAUGAAUUUGUAUAUAUAUCUAUGUAUAUAAAAAUAAAUAAAAAUAAUAAGAAAUAUACAUACGUCCAUAUACAAAAUUACAUAAAUAAUUAUAUAAAUAUACACGUAGACUUCAAAUAUAUAAAUAUGCAUAUAUAUUUAAAUUCUACGUGCGUAUUUAUGUAAUAUUUUUACAUAAUUCAGUAAUUUUAUUGAUUGCAAUUUGAGGGACCUGCCUGCCAACCCAGGCCGAAAUUCCAGAGAAUUUAAUUUGCUAGCACUGUAUUUUACCCUGUAACGUUCUACGACACCCUAAAACCUGUACAUGGGGGGUACUGUUUUACUCGGGAGACUUCGCUGAACACAAAUAUUAGUGAUUCAAAACAGUAAAACAUAUCACAGCGAUGAUAUUGUCAGUGAAAGUGACUUUUUUUGCAUUUUUCACACACAAACAGCACUUUUACUGAUGAUAUAAUUGUUGUGAUACGUUUUCCAGUUUUUAAACACUACUAUUUGUGUUCAGCGAUGUCUCCCGAGUAAAACAGUACCCCCCAUGUACAGGUUUUAUAGCAUUUUUGAAAGUUACAAGGUCAAAUAUAUGGGUCAAAUAUUUUUACAUUGAAAAUGGCCAGGUUGGUUACGUUGCCUUUGAGAGCGUAUGGUAGCCCAGGAAUGAGAAUUACCCCCAUGAUGGCAUACCAUUUGCAAAAGAAGACAACCCAAGGUAUUGCAAAUGGGGUAUGUCCAGUCUUUUUUAGUAACCACUUGGUCACAAACACUGGCCAAAAUUAGCGCUCAAUUUAGUUUUUUUACUUUUUUCACACACAAACAAAUAUGAAUGCUUACUUUGGCCAGUGUUUUCGACUAAGUGGCUACUAAAAAAGACUGGACAUACCCCAUAUUGAAUACCCUGGGUUGUCUACUUUAAAAAAAAUAUGUACAUGUGGGGUGUUAUUCAGAGAUUUAUGACAGAUAAUAGUGUUACAAUGUCACUAUUGAUAAAUUUUAAAAUGUAUGUUUUGAAACCGCAAUAUCCUACUUGUACCUAUAGCCCUAUAACAUGCAAAAAAAAGCAAAAAAGCACGUAAACACUAGGUAUUUUUAAACUCAGGACAAAAUUUUGAAUCUAUUUAGCAGUUUUUUCAUUCGCUUUUGUAGAUGAGUAAAAGAUUUUUCAAGUAAAAGUCAAAAAACAUGUAUUUUUUUCAAUUUUUCAUCAGAUUUUUUUAUUUUUUUUAAAUUAAAAUACAUGAGAUUAUAUAAAUAAUGGUAUGUAAAGAAAGCCCCUUUUGUCCUGAAAAAAACAAUAUAUAAUUUGUAUGGGAACAGUAAAUGAGAAAGCGGAAAAUUACAGCCAAACACAAACACCACAAAAGUGUAAAAAUAUGCCUGGUCGCAAAUGUACAACAUCGCAAAAACAGUCCAGUCCUUAAGGGGUUAAAGGAUUUUAGGCCUUGGGAAGAUUUGAAAGUCGUUCCAUAAUUGCGGUGCUCUGUCUCUGUAGGAGAAGGAGGAUUGGGCUACUUUCUUUUUGUAUUGAGGUAGACUAAAUAAAGUGCUGGUAUUGGAUCAGAGGUUAACAGCUGGGGAGAGCAUUCUGAUCAGGUAGGGUGGGAGCUUCACAGAAAAGCUCUUAAACACAAGGCUGGAAAGGUGAAGGGUGCAUCUGGAUUCCAGCGACAGCCAGUUUAGUUCUUUUAGCAUGUCACAAUGCUACAUUGUAGCACAAAGUGCCAGAACGAGUUUUUCAAUGUAUUGAGUUUAUUAAGGUGGGUUUGCGAUUCAGGUGUAUAUGCUACAUCGCCAUAAUCAAUGAUUGGCAUCAGCAUUUGCUGUACAAUCUUUUCCUUUACUGUAGGGCUUAGGCAGGAUUUGUUUCUGUACAGGCCACUGAGUUUUGGAUAAAGUUUAGAUGCAAGCUUUUCUAUGUGCAGGCCAAAAGAUAGAUUGGGGUCUAACAACAUGCCCAAGUAUUUGAAAGAGUGGACUGCGGUCAGUGUGCUAUUUGAUUUUGUUUUGAUGGAUAGGUGGGAAUUGUGUAAUUUGUGUAAUUUAGGUACUGUUCCAAAGAUCAUUGUGACAGUUUUGUCAGUGUUUAGGAAGAGUUUGUUUUUUCGCGAUCCACUCUUCUACCUCUGUGAACUGGUCUUGGAGCACAGCCUCAAGCUGCGGUAGAUCGGUUUUGCUUGCAUAGAUUACUGUGCCGUCUGUGUACAUGUCUACAUUUGAGGAUUUGACAUUAGGCAGAUCAUUUAUAAAUAAUGUGAAUAGUAGGGGGCCGAGAAUGGAACAUUGGGGAACACCAAGGGAGGGAGUCGCUGUCAGAAAUGGACACAUAUUGUGAGCGAUCUGAUACAUAUGAUCGAAACCAGGUAAGCGGACGAUCACCAAUACCUGAGAUUUUUAGUGUGUGCAGUAGAAUGUCCACUGUGUCAAAGGCCUUUGCAAAAUCAAGGAAAAUAGCUCCAGUUAGGUUUCCUUGUUCCACGCCAGUUUAGAUGUAUUGCAAACUUUUAGAGGGCAGUGGAGUGAUUCAGGCGAAAGCUUGAUGGGUCAGAUAGUUAGAUUGUUGGUAAUACUCACAUAGUUGCGUAUGGACACAUUUUUCUAAGAUUUUUGACAAUCGGCAAACAAGCCAAGUCGUUUAUUUAUUCCCUUACUAUUUUCGCAAGAAAAAAAGAAGACAAAAAACGGUUUUAGUAGAAAUGUUUGAUUUAAACUAAACAAAGAGAUAGUACAAACUUUUACUUGUAAAAUGAAAAGCAAAUACAAUUAUGUUUGUGUAAUUCCGUCUUGCUCUGAAGCACUGACAGCUUUCUGCUCUGAUUCAGCCUGCGAACACUUUCAUUGGUAUUUAUGUAUUAUAAUCUUUGAUGGAUGCUUUUAUUAGAUUCUUAUAGGAAAAAUGCAUUUCUCCUCUGUUCUCCUUAUAUAAAUUAGAAGCUUUAACGCAUUAAGCUGACGGGCAUUGACUCAAUCCUUCUCAUUUCCAGUGGAUUAUGGCUAGACCUUAGCACAUAGAGAGUUAAACUGUGAAUUUUAGAGAUUAAGCGACUCUGCUUAAAUUAAUUUAAACGGUAAUGUCAAAGAUAAGGCUACAAUCCGUCAGAUCCACCAUUUUUUCUAAACACAUUGUAGCUGGAAGUACAGGGUACACAGGAGAGAAAAUAUAUAAUUUAGAAAUGUAGUGACUUUGGAAUCUGUCCUUUUUUGAUUGGUUGAUUUCCUUUGUCAUAUCCUACUUGUGUACUGCAGGGCAUUAACCCCUUAAGGACCAAACUUUUGGAAUAAAAGGGAAUCAUGACAUGUCACACAUGUCAUGUGUCCUUAAGGGGUUAAAGGGACACUAUAGUCACCAAAAUAAUUUUAGUUUAAUUAAGCAGUUUUUGUGUAUAGAUCUUGUCUCUGAAGUUUCAUAGUUGUUUGGGUGACUAUAGUGUCCUUUAAAUUUUUAUGAGUCACUUUUCAUGCAAUACCCAACAACAUUAAUAAAUUAUGUGUUUCAGACCUACAAAAAUAAAUCUUUAUCUGACACAAAAUAAUUAUUUAGUUUGUGGCAAAUAUGUUUUGUAUAGUGAAACAUUAUUCCAUGAUUGGUUUGUCUGUUUUGUUUCUUUGCCCUAAUGCCAUUUCAUCUCUCGUUCGAUACCGGUCUCUGAUAAUUAGCAGACUGAAACCAAAGCAGUAUCUGCCUGCGGACGAGUCCCCCUUUUUUAAUUACUGGAAAAUCUUUGAAAUUAAUUAGACAGUGUAACUGGGUAAAGAUUUCACUGGAGGUUCAAGGUAAACAAAAACAUGUGAGAUAAACCGUAUUUUAGUUUUACCUCACUCUCUCAAACACGUGUUAAUAUUUCUGCUCAGACAAAGUGUCUUUGUUUUACAACAGUGUGCUGGGUAGAGACCGUUUCCUUUGAAGCAAUUUCCUGUUGUAACUCACAACAUCCUGCUCAGAGCGUGUUUAUGUAUUUUUCUUAAAUGGGCCUCACCACUACAUAAACUGUGCGCUUGUCAGCUUUGAAAUUGUCACCGUAUAUCAGCAAAAUACAGUAGUUUGAAAAAGUGUCUUCCACUUGUGCAGUGCUUCCAACACAGUCCUUAAAGUGGCUCUGUCAUGGACUGAACCUUUUUUUUUUAUAGUCUUCCCCCUUACCCUAUAUGUUCUAAAUUAUUCAUUUUUCAUCCAUUUUCUGCCUUCUAUUUUGAGUUUGGUGCUGGAUUUUCUCCCUAUCUGCCGCUAUGUUCAGGAGCCUGGCAGUGAAGGAUUGCCUCUUCCUUGCUUUGACGCUUUUUCCACCAUGAGCCUUUGUUCCUGUUCAUACAUGACUCUUGGUGAAAGACAAUGCAGCAUUGUGAGUAACAUUACAGCCGUGAAACUGCUAUGUUUAUAAAAAAAAGGGUUAAUUCUAGAGGGACCUGGCACCCAGACCACUUCAUUAAGCUGAAGUGGUCUGGGUGCCUAGAGUGGUCCUUUAAGCUCCGCACUUCGUCGUAUUUUGUCAAGUGGAGAAAAAAUACUUACGACUCUGCUUUGACUUAUGUAUAUUAAGAAAAAUAGAUAAGAAAAGAUCAGUUUUGGAGAUGGAAAGAGAAGAGGAAUCGAUUGAGGAAAGUUAAGUUUAGGGUGACAGCACCACUUUAUGACAUAUCAGUCCACGUUUUGCCAGUACCCCCGAUGAAACAUAAGUAAGAAAUGCCAAGUUGUACACUGUGGGUGUGAGGGCAUGUACUUACGAGCCGUAAAUUAAAAAAAUAUAUACUGCAUGUUUUAUAAAAGUCCUGAAAUAUAUUGUUUAAUCUUAUUUUUAUUAUCUGUCUUUUAACCAUUACAAAGAAAUAUAGUAAAUAUAACUAUUUAAUAUCUAUCUCUUGUGCUUUAUUCACACAUACCUCGGAAUGUACGUUUCGUUACACCAUUUUAUAUUCAUUUAGUUUACAUCUUUGUUGCCAAUGACUUAUUUUCACAUCUUUCAGAGUGUAGGAAGGUCAUUUGUAGAUGUUCUGCCUGGGGCACCUGAUGAGCUGAGUUUUAAUUACAUCACUGAAUUCUUAUUCCCUCAAGAAGAUCAUUUGACAUAUAUUGGUCUUGGGAUCUAGUUUAAAGUGACACUUUAAGUCAUAACAUCUCCUUAUACAAUAAAGGAAUGCAAUUAAAAUAAAACAAAUGUAUUUGCUCUUUUUAAGUACAUUCUCAACUCCUCUCCUGUGCCAUCAGUGAGAUCUGUGGGUGUUACUUAAUGUACCACCAGCCCCAUUACGGCCUAUGUCCUGCCAUUCUCUGAUAUUCUCAGCCCUCCUCGGAAACUCUAUCAUAAGCGAGACAUACCACCGUCAUGGACAAUGUCACAGCAAACGCCAAGUAGUUGUUGUAGCAGAGAGUUGGAGAACCAAUUGGACAAAGGUUCUCUGUCAAUUAGUUAUCAAUGCGCUGGUCUUUGGUAUGCAAACCAGUAAGUGUCAUUCUCUGAGCUCUGCUUUCAACCCCUGUAGUGUUGGUGUGACAUGUUUGGUAAAUGUAAGUGUACUGGCACCAUAGCUACUCGUGCUCCUGUAAAGCAAAAAAAAAAAUAUUGAAGUUAUGGAUCUGGGAGUGAUCUUGCAAUUGUCAAUUCGUGACAUACAGUAGCCUGUCUGUCAUCCUGUCUUUCUAGGGAUUUUUUUAUGUGGUGUCCCAAGAAGUCUCUAUGAUGUGCACAUUAUAUUCCAGGGCAUUUGUGCAUGGACAGCCCUGGUUGACUCGCAGGACAUCCUGGUGUCCAAGGUACACAUGUAAACUGGGAUGAUGCCCCCUUUUUGUGGCCACAAGCAUUGCCAACCCACCCAAACUCUAUAUGUCCUGUAGUAGACAGAUAUACAAUUACCAGCUUCCUCUCCAGUCCAGUCAUCCAGUCAUUUUUUAAGAUACACAGCUCUUUACAAUGACCAACCUGUUGACACAGGUACGUUGCUUUGUAAAAGGCACUGAAAGAGUUUUGAUUAUGUAUGAAAUUAUGGAGGAGACCUAGUUAUGCAGGAGAAAAUGGUGUGCAUCUUUAAAAUGAUGUACCAUUGUCCCCAAGUUAGUAUUUUAUUUAUUUAUUCUUGCUAAAAAGACAACUGUAAUAAGAUUUUUCACUUUUUUGCUUUUAAAACUUUUAUUAUAUUUAAUUAAACAAUGAUAUAUUUUUCUAAUAAUGUAUAUUGUUUUGUUUUUAUAGAAAAUGUCACUUUUUUAUUUGUCUGAGCAGUCAUGUUGGGUCAGACUCUACUGUUUUUUUAAACUCUGUGCUACAUGACAUUAUUCCAGACUGUGUCAAAAUGUUUAAAUAAAUAAAUAAAAACAUUAUUGCCACAAUACUUCAUCUUUAAAAGCAAGCGUAAAAGUUAAACAUCUUACUGGGAAAAAAUAAAAUAAAGUAAAAUAAAAAAAAAAAAAUAUAUAUAUAUAUAACAGUGUUUAGUAUUUCACUUCCUGCUUUGAAUUACAUUCUGUAAUCUAUCCCGAUAUCUGCCAGCAUACUAUGUUGUUAAUCAUGGUACAAUGUUUGCCCGGUUUUAAUGCUUACUUAAUAAUUGCAAUUAUAUUCAAUGAAUGGAACUGGGUGAGGCGAACUUGUUUGGACAAACCAGAUAUAAGAUCAUGUCCCAACAGGCUAAUCAUUUAUAAUCAUGAAAGUCAGACAGAAUUGAAAAUAUCCCAAUCUCACCCAUGUCCCAGAUGUGCUACAGCUCAUAUACAGAGUUGUUCUGUACAGUUUUUUUUUUUACGUUACGCAGAGAAAUCUAGUACAAUGUAAGCACUUGUUAUAAAAAAAAGUUAUUGGAACAUUGUCAGUGAUCACUUCCUGGUCUCUGCAGUGUUCUCUGUACGACUUAUAAAUUUAGCUUGAAGGUUUGUUGCAAGUGCAGCAUCUUCAAAUGUAAGUUUCUUUCUUUCUUUAUUCUUUUAUUGUUUGGCUUGGUUUGCUUUGCAUAUGUUUUGCAAUGCAUAUUUUUGAAAAUGAAAAAAGAAUGGGUCAAUUCUAGCCUGUAGUGCUUUGUUAAAAAAAAAAAAAAAAAGUCAUAGUUAAAAUAGGCAUUUAAUGAUUGACCCAGCAGGUGGUUUUUAAAGUGAUAAAUACGUGCCUCCGGCGUAGUCUCCAAUUAGAUAUCUGCCCUAGGGGGGCAUGUCAUCACUGGUUUAAAAGCUGAUCAGCAUUGGAGACGUUGGAAAGAGAACUAAUUUGAAAAAAAAAACAGGCACAGCUUCUCUAAAAAUAAAGUGGUCUGUGCAGUAAACCAGGUUAUAUUUAGCUUUAUAGCUCUUUUAAAGCUACAUUGGUUUUAGUAUAUCUCAUCAUGAGAGUGCGUUGCGCAGUACUAAAUUCGCUGCAUGAGAAUACAUUUCCGCUUUAAUCUGCUAUAUCCCAGGGGUCAUUUUCCACUGCAACAAAUAUAUCAACAACUAGGAGAACAAUCAGGUACAUUAUUGAGGUGUAAAAACCUUUUUCUAUAACGACUUUCAUGGUGCGAUGUUAAGGCCAGCCUGGAGUGAUGGAGAAUUUUACAAAUUUGGCUUAUUUUGGACUAAAUUUAGAAUUCACUCAGAAUUUCUAUCGAUUCAAGUCCCCAGAAUACUAACUGUUGUGUUUGUAAAGUCUCUCAUGUGCAGUAUUACCAAGUGAUGCUUGUCCUCGCGAAAACUCUGUCUUCAAGAAAAGGCACAGAACCGAUUGCUUUCUGCCCCAAGUACAAGAUCCACGAUAUUAUCACUGAACAAUAAAUUACUAUCAAGGACCUAAUAAGGUCUUUGGUCAACUUUUAUCUUAAAAACUAAAUAAAUAUUUUUUGGGGAGCGGUCUUAUAAAAGUGUGAAGUGUGAUAGUGUGAACUGGGAUAUUGUAUGAGAAUCGUAAAUGUCCCUAUAACAGAGACAUUAAUGAGCAAGGAACAUGUUGUAAAGUUUUGAUGAAUCUAAAUACCAGUAGAUUAGGGUACAUACCAUUAGUAGUCUGAAAUUUCAGGUACGACACACACUUCUGUUCUCCUUAUUGGGCCAAGUUCGAACAUUGGUCAUUGGGUCGUAAACUCAAUCCGCCCCAAGAGACUAAUGUAAUUUGUAGAGGUGGAUGAAGAAUCAAGGCAGGUUUCAGCAGAAUGUCUAUAAUGAGGUGAUUUAAUGGUUUCCUCUAGGUGGAAUCGUAUAAAAUAGAUUUGAUUUAUUUAAAGAAGAGGCAAUAGGAAUAUGGUAGUAGAUAGGAACUGUAUUGUUUGCUAGGCACUUUCUGUUUUCAAGACGGUGACUCAAGUACAAUUCAUCUGGAAAAUUUGAGAUAAAAAUGCAUUUAUUUUGUUAUUGUGAAAUAAUCUUUUUGAUCGUCCAAAGAAGUGUCAAUAUGCAUAUCUGCAGUAAGUCUAAAAAACAACUUAAUUUAAUGUGUAAAUUUGUCCAUUCCUUGCAAACAGAAAAAUGGCGUGUUUAUAUUGCCUUGAAUGGAUGAGUUGUUUGUUGUGGGAAUUUCCUGUCUCUUUAAGAUCUUGUCUUGACUUCAUCCACCGAACCAAAAAAAAAAAAAAGAAAAAAAAAAAGAGAAAAAUAAAAAUGAAAUUUUGUUCUCUCAGCAUAGUGCAGGUUCAAGUGCUACGCAGAUAAAAGCAAAAAUGCCAUCGGCUAUAAAAAUAAUCACUUGUAGGGUCAUAAAAAAACAAGAACAAUGCGCCAUAACGUCUUGCUUGCGAAAGAUUCUGCAUGGUGUACAAUCUGUAUUGUUUAUAAGUCUUACAGGGGAAAUGGCAACUUAAAGGUACAGAACAUCAGUUAAUAAAAUCCUUAGAAAAUCUCUAUUGUAUAAACGAAAAAAAGUCUCAAAAGAUUAUCCACUUUGAUCUCUUUAUAAUAUAUCAUUUAAAAUGAUUAAAGGACCUAAAUUUGAAAUAUAUUUUAUGUCAUGUAUAAAAAUGGUGCUGCUCUAAGUGCAAGCCAUUAAGCUCACGACACAACAGUGAUAAGUGGGGCUGACUGUAGUAAUAUGCAGUCACAUGUUUUUUGUUUUUUUUUGUGCACCCACUGCUUAAAGGACCACUAUAGUGCCAGGAAAACAUACUCGUUUUCCUGGCACUAUAGUGCCCUGAGGGUGCCCCCACCCUCAGGGACCCCCUCCCGCCCGGCUCUGGAAGGGGAAAGGGGUAAAAACUUACCUUUUUCCAGCGCUGGGCGGGGAGCUCUCCUCCUCAGUCUCCUCCUCCUCCCCGGGCUGAAUGCGCACGCGCGGCAAGAGCUGCGCGCGCAUUCAGCCGGUCACAUAGGAAAGCAUUCAUAAUGCUUUCCUAUGGACGCUGCGUGCUCUCACUGUGAAAAUCACAGUGAGAAGCACGCAAGCGCCUCUAGUGGCUGUCAAUGAGACAGCCACUAGAGGAAAUAGGGGAAGGCUUAACCCAUUCAUAAACAUAGCAGUUUCUCUGAAACUGCUAUGUUUAUGAAAAAAUGGGUUAAACCUAGCUGGACCUGGCACCCAGACCACUUCAUUAAGCUGAAGUGGUCUGGGUGCCUAGAGUGGUCCUUUAAGUGGCUGAUAUGCCCCCUACUAAGCCACCUGCCUUCUACUCGAUCCAUACUUCCCAGUGUCAGGAAAUAUGCUUUAUCCCUACACAUAUGUCUAAGUUUGUCUAAGUCAAUGGCGGCGAGAGUAGGGGACAGGGCAAGUGUUUGUAGCCUAUCAUUGCUAAAGGUCACACCAAAAAUUAUGUAUAAAAAUUGAAAAAUGAUGAUCAGUAACUGGUCUUGAAAUUCCCUUCAACUUUAUCACUCAAAUUUUCAGUACCCAGAGCUGACAUUUCAAUCCCCCAUCAUCACUUUAUUUCAAGGUUAUCCGUAUAUUGAGGAGCACGUCACAGACUGCUUGUGCUAUAUAGUCUUGUUUGGAACUAUCGGUAGCUUGACAGAUUGCUAAUGUCACAUGAGAAAACCACAUGUUUACAUUUCAGAAGUUAAAGCGUUAAAGAAGAUAAAGAGAUCGCUUUCUCAGAGCCCGUGUGGUUUGUUACCAUGAUUUCAAACCAUUACUUAUAUUGAUUUUUGCAAUUAAUGACAUUUUUCCUAUUAAUCUUCUGAUGGGCAACUGUUUUCUGUUGCCCCAUCCCACCCCGUACAAAAUUUGCAGAUUUGGAAUGCUUCAACCAUUAUUAUAAGAAGCCUUAUUACAAAUGAUAUCAUUCUAGUUCUUUCAAAAUGUGGUGUAAACAUAAUAGUUUAGAAACAUGGAUGCUUCAUUGUACAGCACUACAAACCAGAUUUUUGUUAAAAAAAAAAAAAAAAUCUGCAAGUGGUUUAUUGCAAAUUAAAGUGAAUUUCACACUUUUAGGGGAAGUAAUAGAUAAACCAAUCAUGAUUUGCUUUACUACUCAUUCUUAAUACAUUCCUUUAACCCCUUAAGGACACAUGUCAUGACUCCCUUUUAUUCCAGAAAUUUGGUCCUUAAAGGACCACUAUAGUGCCAGGAAAACAUACUCGUUUUCCUGGCACUAUAGUGCCCUGAGGGUGCCCCCACCCUCAGGGUCCCCCUCCCGCCGGGCUCUGGGUAGAGGAAGGGGUUAAACUUACCUCUUUCUCCAGCGCCGGGAUGGGAGCUCUCCUCCUCCUCUCCUCCCUCUUCUCCUCCUCUUCGGCUGAAUGCGCACGCGCGGCAAGAGCCGCGCGCACAUUCAGCCAGUUCAUAGGAAAGCAUUCACAGUGAGAAGCACACAAGCGCCUCUAGCUUCAAGAGACAGCCACUGGAGGCUGGAUUAACCCAUUUAUAUACAUAACAGUUUCACUGAAACUGCUAUGUUUAUAAAAAAGCUGGACCUGGCACCCAGACCACUUAACUAAGCUGAAGUGGUCUGGGUGCCUAUAGUGGUCCUUUAAGGGGUUAAAGCUAUUUUGCCAGUAUCCUGUACAAGAUAGAGGGGGCACUUGGGCAUAAAGCUGACAUGGCGGUUUGCCCGUGAUUUAUUUUGAACACUGGUGAUGCUUACUGUGGCUGUAAAAGGACCACAUCAUCCAGAUACGCAAUUCUCCUCAAUGGGUAGCAAAGCCCUGGAAUAACUACCUUGAGCAUGUUUAAAUACUUGAGCUAGUACCCUGAAAAGGGACACACAAAAAUCAACAAAAUAACAGGAUCCCGGGAUAGAGAUCUAAACUCGUGACUGUUCCAGAAGAAUCAGGUCAUUUAACAGGUAUGCUGCAUCAACAAUGUUGGCUGCCACAGCUCAGACAAAAAAAUGUCUUUGCUGGGGCAAGUAGGGUCUCGGCUAAUCCUUAUUAAAAACUAAUUGUACAUACAUACUCCCUAAGUGCCUUGGCACAUUUACUUCUGCUCUUGCUUGUGUUUACUCACGGCCCAGCAAAGAACUGUACAAAGCGACGUCACAUGUUUAACAAAACAACAAUUAACAAGCAAUGAACUCAGCGAUUCCCAUCACUAAGUACAUAGAAAAUUGAAAAGAGUUCUUUUGUUGGCAAAUAUAUGCUUAAUGUGAAGCCUUUAUGGUAGCUUUAAUAGGACAGCUGUUUCAAUGGAGUAUCAAAGGUUAUUUAAACUGCCUGCUUAUUAACGUAAAUCAAGAACUAUUGAAAAACACCCAACCUUAGGAUGCAUGUAAGAAAACAAUAAAUAUUAAUAAUAGAAAAACAAUAUAAAGGUGUAUGCUUACUUUAGCAGACUUGGUCCUCUCUCCGUUCGGUUGCCUGUACCCCUUGUUUGUUUCCCAAACGUAAGACUUGUUUCCCAUUUAUAUACCUACCGAACACCAACCACCCCCUGGCUCAUUAACUUCAAACAAGCUCAUUAUCUCCAUUAACUCAAAUGCUCUCUCUGGGUGGCCACCAUUCGUAUGACCAAACGCACAUGCUUUACAAAAUGGGCGGCCAUUUUGUCUCCCGAAUGCAGGCAGCAGUACCUGGUUAUCGAACGCCUGGAAUUAUUUUCGAAUACCCUACCUCGCAAUCCCUGGGAAAACUGUACCGUUGCCUGACAAAGCCCAAACAAGCCAAGAGAGCGCUCUUGGGGUAAAAGACACGUUCAACUGGGGGGGAGCAUUUUCCCUCUAAGAGCCAUGGGGAGCAUUCAUUAAUAUUCAAACAGGAAAAUUGACCGGCCGCUGCCUCUUUCGACCUCUAACUAUUUUGGGCUUCAUCUACGUGGGUGGCCAAAACCUUACCCCGAUAGCGAUUCCCCUAAGCUGGAUGGAUCUGAGCUCUCUUUGGACAACUUGGGUGUUCAGAUCCGGGCUAUUUGGGGAUAUAAGACGUGGGGUUCCUGUGCAAUUUCACUGUGAUUUGGGGAGUUUUGUAUAUAUUUUUUUGUGUGGUUCCUUGUAAUUGAGAGAUAAUUGAGUUACUGGUCUUUGAUUCAAUUAUCUCCCAGACACAGGGACGCCUGGGAGGGGCUUGUGCUAUAUUGAAUGGAGACCCCAUGCAUAAAAGGCAGCGUUUGACACAAUAAAUAUCAGUUGUACUCCCAGAACUGUGUGUCGUCCAGUUAGUGGGGAGGGAUAGAGCUAUUCACUUUGCAGCGUCUUGUUCCAAAGUUCCUAAGGAUUCGGUGGAGAAAAGUCCUUGUCAGGACUAGAGCUUCGCUACACUUACUAAACAGUGAGGUAUAGGGAAUUGAAGAACAUAUUGCAAAACAUAGGUCAACAUAGACGAAAUAGACGAAUAUUGGAAGGAUACAUUCUGCAUAUUAAUUGGUAAUACGUCCUAAAAGGACAUUUCAGCCUAUUUAUUUAUAAAGAAAUAGCACAAACAACUGUGUAUGAUGUAAAUAACUUGAUAUUUAUUUUUCUUUUACUUGUCUUGGAUGGAAAGUUACCUACAAAAUAUUAUAAAUAAGCACGCAAACAAGUAGUCACUGUUGUUAGUUCCUGGUUUAAAACGGGUUCUGCUACAUUCCAACGCCAUUUGUUUAUAUCUCAGAAGUCUUGUGAUGAUUACCCCCAUUGUUUGAACAGCAGACAAUAUGUUUUUCUUUUCAUGUACCAAUACCAUAUCCUCAUAACAUCUAGGUGCUGUCUGGCUAUAGCCUGUCCCCUGUUAAUGUCUCUGCAUAAAUUGCAGAAUAUUUAACAAUCUUUAUUUAUAAUUUUGACACGUACAAAGAGCUAGAGACAAAAGAAAAAAAAAAACAGCAAGCCUAUAAUGACGGCUAAACUGUACCAAGAACCACGAACCCUGAUUUACAGAAUAAUAUGUAGAAGUGAUUAACAAAUAUUUCACAGGAGACUUGUAUGGAUUGCACGACAAGGCUGAUAUAACAUUUACUGCGGUGGCUUGAUGAGAAUUGCAAAUCCAAUAAGAAAGUUAAAGGAACAUUAUAGAGUCAGGAACACAAACAUGAAUGCACAACCCACCCCUUAGCCCCCUUAAAAGUUAAUAUAACUCACCUUGUUUCCAGCGCUGCUUGGCUCCGCUGGCGCUGGUCCUGCCCCAUUGGUGACAUCAUCAGAAUUGCCUAUUCUUAGCAUAGGGGAAACAUUGUAUUGGCUAAAAUUGGCAUGGGGCGUGGCCUUUUCUCAGAAAAGGCAGUGUUUGCAUGAAAAUGCCUAAAGGCAAUGAUUAUAGUCACCAGAACAACUACAUUAAGCUGUAGUUAUUCUGGGGACUAUAGUGUCCCUUUAAGUUAUUUGUUUUGGAACACUGUAGUAAAGAAAAAAAAAAUAGUAAAAAUGUUAUGCAAACAGCUAAUUAUAUUUUCAAAACAAAAGAUUUGCUGAGCCACUAAUGGCUAUUUAUAUGUAAAUAUAAUUUUACAGAAAAUUUAAAAAUGAAUUGUUAUCCAAUUAAUGUAUAACCAUUAUCAAUGUCUGUUAUAUAUUUCUCACUUAGAAAAUCCCAUUGUUUUCAAAAGUCUACCCAGUUAUUGAAAGGGAGGCCCAUGUUUAGUUUUAGGUUAAAUAUCCUAGCUAUGGUUGUGGGAGUUGGAAUCCAACGACAUGUAGAAAAUGACAUAAAUGUACAAAAAGGCCGCACUUUUAUCUCGCCCCUUUCCUAAUGAGGAAAUUAUGAAUAUCCUUGGUAUGAAACAUGCUUGUCCAAAGAGCAUUAUGGGAAAUGUAGUUAGCAAACAUUUGCAGAGUUGAACCAAAUCAGAACCAAAUUACACAGGUUCCUCCUGUCUGAUUAAAGGACAACUAAAACAUGUUUGCAGGAACAAUUAAAGGGGAUUUUUAUUUUUUAAGCUACCCUAUAUCCAACUAAAAGCAAAUGUAUUGUGCAAUUAUUAUCUGAAUUUACAUUGUAUACCAGGCUGUCCUGGCACAACCAAGGCAUAUAUUUUAAAUUAAUCUCCAUGGUCCUAUAUGUGAAUGGUACUUUGGAGGUCAUGCCUGAAAGUGUAUGUGCUUAUUUUGCAUUUUCUAAUCAGAUGCCUAAGCAAGCGUGAAAACAUCUGGAGAUCAUGUACCAAUGACUUCACUUCAUUUUCUAGGCUGAGGGGAUAAGAAGAAUGUGUCUGAGGAAUAUUAGUUUAUUUAGGAGCAUUGACUAAGCUAUACAGUUUACUUUUAGUUUAGUUUACUGUAGCCCCUCUGGCCUCCCUAAAUAUGGUACAAUUUUACUUCUAUUCAAGUCUGCAGCUGCUGCCCCUGAUCUGCCUGCUUGGCUGACAUCACCAGAAGUGAUUCUCUGAGCCAAUCACAAUGCGUUCCCAUAGGAUUGGCUGAGACUGUCAAGGAGGCAGAUCAGGGGCAGAGCCAAACACAGCCCUGGCCAAUCAGCAUCUUCUGAGGGUGUCAGUCACACUGUGCAGCACUGCCCCAGGAAUCACCUCCAGCUUCAAUCUGAGGAGUGGUCAGUGGCCUUAUCACUUGGCUGUAAUGUAAACACUUCAUUUUCUCUGAAAAGACAGUGUAUGCUGCAAAAAUCCUGAAGGGAAUGAUUCUACUCACCAUAACAAAUAUAAUAAGCUGUAGUUGUUCUGUUGACUAUAAUGUCCUUUAUUUCUAUAAGAGAAACCUGUUUUAAGUUACUAAUGGCUAAACUUCCCCAUUGUCUGUCUGCUGGGGUUAUGUCACUGUGUGUUCAUUCUUAUAUUAUUAUUUAUGAAACACGAUAAUAAGGGAAUACUCCUAUGAUGAUAUGAAUAAUUUGCAUGUAGAACUGCGGUGUGAUGUCGCACUGGGGAAUUUAAGUGUUUUAAUACCCGUUCAGUCUUUCUGUCUCUUGCAACAUGGCUUCCACUCUCUCUCACCAGUUUUCCUUUCUUUGACAGUAUAUGAAGAGAUGGAUGGACGUUGACACCAGAUAUUAUUACAGAUGUUGGUACUAUAAUCUGAACGUGACUCGCCCCGAAGGCCGCCUUAUCCUGAACAUCAACGAGCUCUACAACUGGCAGACCGGUCCUUACCGUUGUAUAAGCAAGACCAAUAUGACCGAUGAUAUCAUCAUGUCAGAAAACUUCUCCAUACCGGUGACCUGUGAGUAACCAGCACAAGUAAACAUUUUAACACACUGCUACUGGGACUAGUCACUUCACAAACUAAGUAAUCAUAGACAAGCUAUUGUGACAAGAAUGUUGCAGCCCGUCUGUAAAACUUAGUGACUGUUUAGUGACUGAGUGACUGACCCUAAAUUAUUUAUUUGUGCACUAGGCAAUAAUGUGUGUAUUUUGUCCUCGUCACUGGGAGGCAUUAAAGUGGGAUGGAUUCAUGGCAGCAGAUAUUACGCACUCAAACAUAAAAAUACGUAUAAACACAUUCAAAUACACUCUUUUAUUAUUUAUUUAUAAUUUAUUUAUAAAAUAUUUUAUCAAGAAAGAUACAUGGAGAUUUCUCUCGUUUUCAAGUAUGUCCUGGGUCCACAAAACCUUGCAUUUAUACAUUAGGGUAAUAAAAUACAAAAACAAUGUUAAUACACAAUAUAUACAAAAUGUAACAUAGAACAGGUAGGAAAUAUAUAAUCAACCAUGACACGUGCUUUCUGUUUUGAGAUAUGUAGAGAUUGAUCUCUUAAAGGACUUUAGGCUUGGGGAAGAUUUGAAAGUGUGCGGGAGGUCGUUCCAUAAUUGUGGUGCUCUGUAGGAAAAGGAGGAUCGAGCCGCUUUCUUUUUGUAUUGAGGUAGACUAAAUAAAUAAAGUACUGGUACUGGAUCAGAGGUUAUAAGAAGUGGGAACAGCCAGGGAGAGCAUUCUGCUCAGGUAGGGUGGGAGCUUCCCAGUAAAGCUCUUAAACACAAGGCUGGAAAGAUGAAGGGUGCGUCUGGAUUCCAGCGACAGCCAGUUUAGUUUUUAGCAUGUCACAAUGGUGGGUCCUGUAAUAACAUUGUAGCACAAAUCGGCAAAACGAGUUAUACAAUGUGUUGAGUUUAUUAAGGUGGGUUUGCGGUGCAGGUGCAUAUCCUACAUCCCCAUAAUCAAUGAUUGACAUCAGCAUUUGCUGUACAAUCUUUUCCUUUACUGUAGGGCUUAGGCAGAAUUUGUUUCUGUACAGGGCACCUAGUUCUGGAUAAAGUUUAGAUGCAAGUUUUUCUAUGUGGAGGCCAAAAGAUAGAUUGGGGUCUAACAACAUACCCAAGUAUUUGAAUGAGUGGACUGUGGACUCUCACACAGACACUCACUCACACAUACAGAUACACAAAGGCACACACUCAUAUAUGCAGAGAGUUGGUGCAAUUCUUUUUUAAUUCACUAUAGUUUGGUGUGCAGUGAAUAAACUGCUGUUUGCCACAGUGCCCUAGUCAUUUAUUCUCCAUUGUAGUUGAUGAUUUUUAUAAAGUGUCACAAAUGGAGUAUGGUGCAAGCAAUACAAUCAAACAAAGUGCUUGAACUAUAUAUUUGCUUGCACUUCUGGAACACUUUGGAGAUAAGGUCUCCUCGAGUUAGUCACUGAAUUAAGAAUUGUGCAGAAUUGACAGAAUAAACUGCAUAUUGUACUCCAAAAGUUUUCCACAGUUCACAAUUUAGUGAAUGAGCCCCACCGUUUAGUGAAUCAAUGUCCUGAUUCUCAUUCUCCGGUCAGUAUGUUUUAUAUGAUGGUCUUUAAAUUUUAUGACAGGUGUUUCAAAUAACCAUUUAAACUUCCCCUUGCAAAUAAUGCAUGAUUUUAGCAAGAAAAUGCAGGUCUUGAUAUAUCAGUGAUUUAUAGGGCAAUACAAAUAUGUGUGUUCUAACAUUCCUUUAAUUGUGGGCCCAUAAUAUUUACUGUAAUAUUUGUUUUAUUCCAAUUAGUUUUCCCUUUAUAAACAGUAGCAAAUUAGAUACAAAUUAGAUUUGACUGCUAUAUAAAUAUAUUCUAUAGACUUCUAUAAUCAGAGCAUUUGUAAGUUAAAUGCGUUUUAUUGGACCAAAUCCACCGAUAAAUAGAACUCACCUGAUUUAUCCUGGCAGUUACAAUGAUCCUUCCAAUCUAUCUAAUUGAGGAUUAGAGUACGUUUUCCUGUAGCAGAAUUCGCUCAUUCGCAGGCUCUCAUUGUAUUUCAGAUCAGAUAUUUCAUCUUUCAGUGAAAGGGAAGAGAGGAUUCAGAGGAUGUGAUCAUCUGAAUAAUGAGAUAAAUUUAAAAGACUCUCCAAGCACCAUAACCACUUAUGAUCCUUGAAUAGGUUAUAGGAUAAGGGGCUUGCCUGUUCCUACGCCCCUUCUUUGUAUUUAACAUUACAUAGUGAUUUAAAGAAAUGUCUGCAGCUAUAUGCUCACCUUAACUAUGGCCUCGAUUUAAUUAUUUUGGAACUUUUAAAAUGAUUACAAUUUGUUAGAAACAUUUGUCAAAUGAUGUAGUCACUAUUAAAGCCCAUGGAAAAUGUUGUAGAUAAAUGAUUUAGUAACUCUGUUUAACAGAUUAACAAUCGAAAAGUUUAUCCAAAAAAGUGAAAUUGAGGCCAUGGUUCCUGCGCACCCAUACACGAUCUUGUAUGAUCUGUGCACCUGUGGUUAGUCACUACUUUCCUGACUGGACAUUGGCAGAUGCAAAGGGGCACAGUCUCUGGGCAAUAGGGACAAGAUUGUCAGGCGCAUAAAAAUACACAAGACAAAGUAGUCCCUACUUUGCCUUGUGUUUUAAAGAGAAAUAGAUGAGUAAGAAAAGAAGAACAGAUUCUGAAAGAAAAAAGUGGAAACAAUACGUGAAUGGUAGGUUUGAGGUGACAAAGCCAGUUUAAGUGGGAUGUUAGGAGAUAAGUACCAGGAGCCUUGGACAGUGUCUUCUGUAGUCUAGUCAGCUUCAGUAUGAGAGCUGCAGGAACAGUUAUAGAGGGUGUAAAACUCUGUGUUGUCCCAGCUCCUCCAUUGUCUGUGUGUGAAGCUGGACAGGACAUGGAAGGGUUCACUGCCCACCUGCUACUAACAGCCUCUCAUACAGGAAAUGCAUUGCAGGAGGAGCAGGGUAUGCUCUGAGUGGUGCACACUGUAUAACAACCACUGCAUCUCUGUCAUCAAUCAUAGGAGGAUGACGGGACUACAAAACACAUAGGUGGGUGAGCACUUUGUACAUAACCCUUCAAACUCCACGUGACAGGAACACCCUUUUUCCUAAUCCUACAUUACACCCCCUAUGUACCCCAAUACUACAAAAUGUAUCCCCACUCUAACACUAAAUCCAAAAACACUACACAACUCAUUUGCCACAACUGUAACCUCUCUCUCACAUGUAAUACUUUUAGCACCCUAUGUAAUCUAACUCUAAAAUGAACCACUCUGCAACCUUAAACUUAAAUCUUCCUUGACUAUAGCCACUUCUAACAUAAUCUAUAAUCCUCUAUGCAUUUACACAGCUGCAUACACUCACUCGCAGAUUCAACCACAAUACAAGUAUUCAAAUGUCAAAUAUGAAAACGGGAAAAAUAAUAUGCCUGCCGUGUCCAGUUAUUAAAUUUAAUAAAGUAACUUUAUCAGCCUUUUUUCUUGGUGUGGAGGAGGGAGACAAGGACAGGGGGUGCCGUAGAAUUCUAUGCCUACAGGCACCUGACAUGUAAAUCCAGCCCUGCCUUUAAGACAGUUCUAGGACAGAGAACGGCGCUUGUUUGAUAUUACAAUCUACAUGCAUUAUGUCUUGGGGAUUCCAAAGCCAUGAUUAUAUUAUUAUUAUUAUUGGCAUUUAUACAGUGCCAACUUAUUCCGUAGAACUUUUUUAAUAUUAUAAAGAAAUAAAUUUAACAACAAAUGAGAUAAUUACAAUAUGUUACUGGAACAAUGGGUUGAUGAGGACCCUGCUCAAAUGAGCUUACAAUCUUCGCUGCCUUCGCCCUAGAUAUGCAUGACAUAUACUUCCAACAAACCGAUUCCUGGCAACUCAGUACUUCAUCGGAUGUUCUGUAUGUCGAAGAAGGUUCUGAUCUGAAGAUUAAAUGCACAGCUCCUGCUUCAUCAGAACCAGAAUAUAUGUGGACUCGGGAGGUAAGAGAAAUUGUGAUGUUUCUUACGUCUGUUACUUCGUAUCUAUCAUCUCUGUAAACAGAGCUACAUUUAAUGCCUCAACAAAUUCAGAUUCAGAUAUAUUCAUCAGUGUUUCACCUCUUUUUGUCAAAAUUGUUGUUGUUGUUUUUUUGGAAAAAAAAAACAAAGAAAAAAGUUACCUGCGCUCUUCCCAAAUCCCUAUGUAUAUUUAAACAAAUGGAGGUUAUUUAGUUUCUCCAAUGGCCAUGAGACUGUAGCCCACCUGCUAUGCCAAAGCAGACCUCUCAGGCGGGUCCAGCACUAGCCUUUCACCUUACUUCCUUGAGCUUCUGGAAAGAUAUCUCUAGAGACAAAGAUGGGUAUUUUUUUAUAUAUACCCCUACAUGCUUAUUAACCCCUAAUAUGGAACACACAGGAUGGGCGGCAUCAUUGUAACAUGGCAAUGUGUUACAAAUGUGAAUACAAAUACAAAGAAACAAGUCCUGCGCUCACUCCCAUCAGUCCUGGGCGGCAGCAACGAUAAUGUAUGUAUUGGGACCCAUGUGUACUAUGGUCAUUGCUGCCGCCCAGGAGUGAUGGGAGUUUGAGCUCUAUUAAAUCUUGCAGAUAUUUUCCAUCUUGUGCUGUUGUUUUUUUAAUGUUUAACUUUUUUUUGACAAUGCAAAUGAUUUUUUUCAUCUUUUUUUUUUCUUCCACGAAAGUUUUCUGUUUCACUUCUCUUAUUUGUACCACUUUACUUUUGGCAGUAUUUUUGAAAAUGUAAGAAAAAAAUGCAUUUUCAGGCAAUUUUUAGAAUAAUUUAAUGAAUAAUUGCAGAUUAGAGACUAAAAAAAUGGAAAAACAAAAAAACAUUGUGCGGAGAGAUUUAGUAAGAUUUUGCAACCUCUUCUGUUCUAAAAAGUGGUCUGAAGUACUAAAACUGGGGCAAUCGCCAUGGAAACUAGUGGACUCCACAUUUACAUUCUAUUAUUAGAACUGAACACUUGCAUGAAUCUUUCCAAUGGUUCCAUGUUGAAUAAUACGCUGGAAGAUAUGUGUGAAAAAUAUCGCAAGACGUGUUUAUUUUCCAUGUUAAGAUUUCAAUAUGAAGCAAAUAAUGAGAAUGGCGAAACAGGGAUACAUAUUGUAAUUGGCCUAUUUGUGAAUGUGGGACUCUGCACAAUAGUUCCCCAUACACAUUGCACAAUGCACAUUUUCUUACAUGCAAUAAAAGCAAUUAUUUUAAUAUACUGCAGCACAAUGCUCUCUACUCGUAUUAUUUUCUCACACUGUGUUUCAGUUGAAGGUAGAGCAGUGUUCUGACUGUCUGUCUUGUUCAAGCCAAUUAGAACAUAGCUAAUGGCCGUCUCCUGUAUGCUGUAAAAUAAAAAAAAUAAAAAAAAACUUUCUGCGGUAUUGAAAGUAAGCAUUCACACGUGCUAUAACGUUUCAUAAUACAUUGAACUUGUGGAAGUUUAUUCAUGAACCCAAUUCGUGGACCUUGGGCUAGUAAUCUUCUUACAGUGUAUAAUAACAUUUCUGAUUUCAACUUGUGGUCCCAGUGUUACUUAGAGAAAUUCCGUUUGGUCAGAAUGCAUAACUGUGUGGCUAAACAUGUCUGACCACCUUUUGUGGCAAAAACUAGAGAAAGGACAGAUUAGAAUUAUGAAAUGUUAUCUCUCUGCAGUCCUAUGACAUCAGAACACUGGAAGACACCUUGGUCCUUGAGAAUGUUGGAGUGGAGGAUUCUGGGAACUAUACCUGCAAGGCUCAAAGUCUGGGCUACUAUAACCUUGUGAAGUCAAAAAGCUUUCAGCUGCGUGUUAUGCCCUUUCAGUCCAGGAUUAAGUUACAUUCAUAUGGUAAGUGGCAAGUGAUGUGGACUGAUAUACCGGCAAGUGGUCCGGAUAUAAUAUGUAGUCUGCAGAUAUUCCUAAACCACUUGCCGGACAAAACGACAACGUAACAUUUUUAACAGGUUUUCAGUAAGUUGUUGCAGACACUCCAAAAUAUCUGUAUUCUCUAUGAAUAAUUGGGGCGAAGCGUGAUGUUUCUUCAGACAGGAGAAAGUUUAAUGCCCAUAGGCAUUGAGUUAUGUGUGUAUUGAUGAUCCAGUGAAACUAAUUAGUAAUGUUUUAUCUUUUGGUUACAUUGUGCAUGUUACAGUUUAGGAUAUAUUGUCUGUCUGUUGGUUUUGGAAGAGACCCUCUAUAUCCAGAAAAUCGGUGUCUACUUUUUCUCAGUCCUGAUACACACUGUAUGUAUGUUUGUUCUCAGUGUGUCCCUCUGUAUCCUGAUAUUCAGGGUCUGUCUCUGAGAGAGUGCCUCUAUAUCCUGAUACACCAUGUCCGUCUCAGAGUCCCUCUUUAUCCCUGUAUCCUGAUCCUCUGUGUCUGUCUCUGAGAGUGCCUCUAUAUCCUGAUACACCAUGUCCGUCUCAGAGUCCCUCUUUAUCCCUGUAUCCUGUUACUUUGUGUCUGUCUCUCAGAGAGUCCCUCUAUAUCCUGAUACUCUGUGUCUGUCUCUCAGAGAGUCCUUCUAUAUCAUGAUACUCUGUGUCUGUCUCUCAGAGAGUCUCUCUAUAUCCUGAUACUGUGUCUGUCUCUCAGAGAGUCCCUCUAUAUCCUGAUAUUAUGUGUCUGUCUCUUAGAGAGUCAUUCUAUAUCCUGAUACUCUGUGUCUGUCUUUCAGAGAGUACCUCUAUAUCCCUGUAUCCUGAUACUCUGUGUCUGUCUUUCAGAGAGUCCCUCUAUAUCCUGAUACUCUGUGUCUGUCUCUCAGAGAGUCCUUCUUAGUUAGAUUAAAAACAAAAGAAGGAAGGUAUGUAGAAGAGGAUAAAGGUCUAGCUGACUGCCUCAAUGAAUAUUUUUAGAUGAAAAUGAAGGAAAGGGACCUCAGUUGAGAAAAAGGAUAAAUGAGUCAUUUAUUACACGUGAGUUUACAGAGGAAGAGGUUCUAUUUCAACUGUCAAAAGUAAAGACAAAUAAGUCAAUGGGACCUGAUGGAAUACACCCAAAGCUAUUAAAAGAGCUUAGUGGUGUACUAGCAAAACCAUUAACAGAUUUAUUUAACCAAUCAUUGUUAACAGGAGUAGUCCCAGAAGAUUGGAAGUUAGCGAAUGUUGUGCCCAUUUACAAGAAAGGUAAUAGGGAGGAGUCGGGCAACUAUAGGCCAGUAAGCCUUACUUCAGUAGUGGGGAAAGUGAUGGAAACCAUGUUAAAGGAUAGGAUUGAUGAACAUCUAAAAACACAUGGAUUUCAAGAUCAGAGACAACAUGGGUUUACUUCAGGGAGAUCAUGCCAAACUAAUCUUAUUGAUUUUUUUGAUUGGGUAACUAACAUUAUAGAUCAGGGUGGUGCAGUAGACAUUGCUUACCUAGAUUUCAGUAAGGCUUUUGACACUGUUGCACAUAGAAGGCUUAUCAAUAAACUGCAAUCUUUAAGUUUGGAUUCCAAUAUUGUUGAAUGGGUAAGGCAGUGGCUGAGUGACAGGCAACAGAGGGUUGUAGUUAAUGGAAUAUAUUCGAAGCUUGGACUUGUCACCAGUGGGGUACCUCAGGGAUCUGUACUUGGACCCAUUCUCUUUAAUAUUUUUAUUAGUGAUAUUGCAGAAGGUCUUGAUGGUAAGGUAUGUCUUUUUGCUGAUGAUACUAAGAUAUGUAACAGGGUUGAUGUUCCAGGAGGGAUAAGCCAAAUGGCAAAUGAUUUAGGUAAACUAGAAAAAUGAUCAGAAUUGUGGCAACUGACAUUUAAUGUGGAUAAGUGCAAGAUAAUGCAUCUUGGACGUAAAAACCCAAGGGCAGAGUACAGAAUAUUUGAUAGAGUCCUAACCUCAACAUAUGAUUUAGGGGUGAUUAUUUCUGAUGACUUAAAGGUAGGCAGACAAUGUAAUAGAGCAGCAGGAAAUGCUAGCAGAAUGCUUGGUUGUAUAGGGAGAGGUAUUAGCAGUAGAAAGAGGGAAGUGCUCAUGCCAUUGUACAAAACACUGGUGAGACCUCACUUGGAGUAUUGUACACAGUACUGGAAACCGUAUCUUCAGAAGGAUAUUGAUACCUUAGAGAGGGUUCAGAGAAGGGCUACUAAACUGGUUCAUGGAUUGCGGGAUAAAACUUAUCAGGAAAGGUUAAAGGAUCUUAACAUGUAUAGCUUGGAGGAAAGACGAGACAGGGGGGAUAUGAUAGAAACAUUUAAAUAUAUAAAGGGAAUCAACACAGUAAAGGAGGAGACUAUAUUUAAAAGAAGAAAAACUACCACAACAAGAGGACAUAGUCUUAAAUUAGAGGGACAAAGGUUUAAAAAUAAUAUCAGGAAGUAUUACUUUACUGAGAGGGUAGUGGAUGCAUGGAAUAGCCUUCCAGCUGAAGUGGUAGAGGUUAACACAGUAAAGGAGUUUAUGCAUGCGUGGGAUAGGCAUAAGGCUAUCCUAACUAUAAGAUAAGACUAGGGACUAAUGAAAGUAUUUAGAAAAUUGGGCAGACUAGAUGGGCCGAAUGGUUCUUAUCUGCUGUCACAUUCUAUGUUUCUAUGUUUCUUCUAUAUCCUGAUACUCUGUGUCUGUCUCUCAGAGAGUCCCUCUAUAUCCUGAUACUCUGUGUCUGUCUCUCAGAGAAUACCUCUAGAUCCUUAGACUCUCUGUCUGAUGGUUCACAGAGAGUCCCUUUGUAUCCUAUGACUCCGUGUCUUACUAUUAGUUGUCGGAGAGUUCCCCUUGUAUUUUGAGUUGAGUCCUUCUCUGUCUGGUGUUGAAGAUACCUUGUCCUAAUCUGAGCAUCUGUGUUUGUUGAUGUCAAUUAUGUUCUAUUGUCUUUUAAAAGUCAACGUGUGGCUGUCUAAUUUUCAGGCGACUUCAGUUUCCCACACAUUCUGCUGUACGUUGCUAUCCCGGCUGGGCUGAUGCUGAUCGCCCUGCUGACUGUAUUCGUCUUUGUUGCUCGUCGCCAUAAGAAUAAUCAGAAAAAGCCACAGAUCAGCCUGUAAGUAUCCUGCCAGCCAUCUGUCUGUAUCUAAAAAUGCCACAUUACAUUCACUGAAUACCAGAUUAUGUUUGUCACUGUCAUGGACCCAAGUCUUGUCAAAUGUACAUGGCACAUUCAAGCAUCCAUCAUUGUAGUAAAACUUUAGUCAGACAAAAAACUCAAAUAUGCCCGUUUACCAUAUCUGAGAUUAGACGGCCUCUGUAAAAUAGAGUUUAUAUGAUCACAAAAAAUAUAUAAAGCUUAAAUAUUUAAUGAUGUCACUGGGGUUUAUUCCCCAAACAUGAAUUUUGAUUAAUUAAGACUAGCACUUGAUAUAGACUGUGAUAGGCUGAAAGUUGUCAGCUGACACUCUCAGCCAAUUACAGCCACCCAUUGCUGCUUCAGCUAAUGCUUGCUCAUUAGCGUAAGCAGCACAGAGAGGAAGAGUGGCUGGGGACUCAGUGAAAAAAACGGUUUAAUGCUGGUGUGGAGACGAACUUCCGAGCUGAGCGGUCGCAUCCACCGCGAGCUCCGCAAUACCAAGCACACAUUGCCCGCAGCAAUCUCUCGAUUUGUUGCACGAAACUAAUACCCCAGUCGAGGUGAAAGUAGCACGGGUCACAAGACAAAAAAACUAAAAGCUGACAAGCCUCAGAUGGGCUUAACCCCUUAAGGACCAAACUUCUGGAAUAAAAGGGAAUCAUGACAUGUCACACAUGUCAUGUGUCCUUAAGGGGUUAAACAUCGGCGAUAUGUGGAGACAGGCGCAUGGCAUAGCUGGGCCCAAGAUGACCGCUUACCCCGACACGAACCCUGAGCUGUCAGAAGACCUGUCCCUCGAGGGGGAGAUGGAGGAAAUACCCACCACAAGUCCACCCCCUCCGGCCCCACUGAAUCCAAGACACAUCUUCGGUGACCACUGCUGUUCUGAAGGAACUACUUGCCGACCUCCAGAAAAAUAUGCUCACUGACAUUAGAGCAGAUUUACAAGGCCUUAAAGGCCGGAUUGGGGAUCUUGAGACUGCCUCUAACACCAACAGACAACAGAUAACCAUGCUACAGCAGGCAGUACAAAAGCUGCAGCAACAAUAGGAAUCCUAUGAUCGGCAUUUCUCAAUGUUGGAAGAUAUCAGACACAGAAACCACUUGAAAAUAAGAGGCAGUCCAGAGGACAUUCCAGCGGCAGAAAUACCCCAUCUUCUGCAGCGCCUAAUGCAGGCUCAUCUUCACCCGAAGCAGGCAAAAGAGGUGAGGCUGGAUGGUCAUUUCAGAGUACUAAAAUCACAGAGAGCCCCUGCUGUGGUACCACGAGACCUAGUGGUUCAAGUUCAACACAGCAGAGACAAAGCUGCGUUGCUGGCUGCAGUGAAGGGAAGUACGCCCUACAACUUUGAGACAAUGUCUCUGACUUUCUACACUGAUAUCUCGGGCGGCACGCUGGCAAGGAGACGCACCCUUUAACCAUUUACCUCUGCUACGGAAAAAUGGAAUACCGCUGGAACAUAUCCCGCACACUGCAGGUACUCCAAGAUGGCGACAAGCACAUAGUCACAGAUCUGCGAGAGGCAACAACAUUACGACCAGUUUUGGGACUUUCUCAGGACUCUAUGCCAGAACCUGGGCCAGCGAAAGCACCGCAGAGAUAGAACCCGGAAACAGUGACGGAGUUUGUCUUGUGGCAACCCUCUAAGGCUGCAUAUGCUGCGAACACAACUUGAAUACCCACGUGGAUAAUGUUUAGUUUAAAAAAGUUAAUGUUUUACAGUUUCACUCACGCAAUGUUUAGUACAUACUACACCCCUUACCAGCUCGGACGGCCAACUAAACCCCUCUCCCCCUCCACAUACUAGACUUACCUUGCUGAUACUCCUUAACUAGGCAUAAAUUUCCUCACCACUUGUCUCAAGAUGUUGUGGGUGAAGGUGUAGUGGGCAAGCCCAGUGCAAGCACUCCAUGAUUGGCAGCUACACUUCACUGACGAGUCAACUUCAGAUGACAGUAAGAGACACGUCUUGAUGCCUAUGACAUCUCUCAUACAUAAUUUUCAUUGGGGGGGGAUGGCAUUCAACUUUUGGUAACAUCCUUACUACUGGAUAAGCUUUACCCCCAUUCAGCACACAGCAUCUUAUACGCUUACUGGUCUUAUCCCGCAAUGGCUCUCUACACUACUUCCUUGAAACCAAACAUUGACCAACACACUGAGACAAUCGAGCUUCACGUAAGGCCAGACACGACUGAUUACAUAGUUGAAUUGUACCUCUAUAAAAUAUAAAACCCAAUUCAUGGGUUCAUUUUUCAGGACGCUGCAUUUAGAUGUCUAUGAUUAUGUCGGAAUAUUGCUACCUGACGUGUUCUUUGUACUUGCUUUAUCGCACGAGUUGCGCAAAAAUAAAGAAUUAAAAAACAAACAAACAAAAAAACUGUGUAAUGCUAAAUGGAAGGACAGCUCCAGGAACCUCCAGUCACUAUAACCACUUCAGUGAGAGGAAACAAAUAAAGUACAUGUGUCCCUCUAAACUCACACAGACUAUCACAGGAUAGUUUUAUUAGCACAACAAAUUUAGGUCAUGCACUCUAGUGGUUAUGGUACUUAUAGUGCCCUGGCAUCCCCCUUAAUAAGUAGUUACACUAUUUGCUAACGGUCCCCACUCUCUGCCUCUCCUGUUCCGGUAUGAGAGACGAAAGUUCCUGAUAGAAGCUAUGCAGAGCCAGCUCAUUGGCCGAGCUCAAUGCAGAGCGUUUCUGGCUCUGCUAGCAACCAGUAACCCAGAAGCGUGGACAUUGCUAAAGAUUCUAAUAUACAGUGUAGCACAUAAAAUCAUAAAAUUGCUAAAACCAGCAGCAAUCACUCAAAUAAGUGACUUAUAACAUACAAAACCAAGAAAUGGUGUUGCGCUAAAUGAUUAUUCUCUAUAUAUGGUUAAUUGGUAUAUGCGUUCUGGUGAGAUAUAUCAAUUGACCAUAUAUAGAAAAUAAUCAUUUAGCGCAACACCAUUUAUAUUAACAACCAGUUUGACUACUUACAUUGGGGGGGAGGGAUUCCUGAGCAUUUCUGGCACCAUAACCACUGCAGGGCGCUGUAUAUGGAACACGUGGUAAGAAGUAGUCACUAAAAAUAAUGCAGUUUAGAAGUCUGUGAUAAUAAGUGGUACUGUAAGUAAGAAUAUAAUAAACAAAACUUCUAUUACAAAUUCUUUAUACUAUAGUAUAGGCAAGCGAGCACUCACCCCACCAAGACCUACAUUUAUCUCUGUGUCCAGACCAGUUAGAGCCCAUCUAUCAUAUCGCAAUCAGCAUACAGUCGGAAAUAGCUUAUAGUUGUCUGCGGUUUUAUUUUCAGUCUGUAUUUGUGGGUUUAAAUCUGACAGUAUGUGUUCUUUUUCUAGGGUGUAUGGUGAGAAAUUUAGUCCAAUCUACAAAGGCUGCGUGAAGCCAAUCAAUUCCAAAGAGCAAGACACCCAGCCACUUGUUGCCUAAUGAAUGCUCUGGCCAAGGUCAGUUUCCCAGCGUUUUUUUAAACUUAUUUUUUAAAACUUUAACAUUUUAUUUUACAGAUUAUAAAGCAAAUGUAGUAAUGUCUCAUACUGGUAUAAAAAAAAAAAACCCCUAAAUACUCACAGUCAGUAUAACACAAUUAGUGCAAUAAGUAGAGCAAACACUACUGGAAAUAUACAACAACAAAACACAAACAGUGGCGGAAAUUUAGCAAAGUUUCUGUUGUAAAAACUGGUGCAACAAUGUAAAAGGGGAGGAGUCGCCAAUAGAACAUUGCUUAUUGGUUCCACUGGUUUCCAUGGUUAUUGCCCCAUUCUUAGAACUUUACACCACUGCUGAGAACAGAAUACUUUGAUAAACCUCCCAAACGCUCUAUGUAUAUGCUUUUUAUUAAUGGGAUAUUUGAACUAUUUAACUAUCAAAGAUCUAGUCCCAGAAUUGUUAUAUCCAAAUCCACUACCAUCAGGCACUUCUCAUCUCUUUAGUUGCAUCCUCAGAAACAUAGUGUGCGUGGUUGGGGGGGAGGGGGAGGAGGGGGGUGUUAUGGGGAACAUGUGGCUGAUUUUGACUGGGUCACAGAAUCAAUGGCUCCAUGUUUUAAAGCAGAUUUCUUUGAUUAAUACAUCCUCAUCUGGGUAGUCUCUUUAUUUAUUGCCACCACACUUCCUGCAUUAUACCACAAUCUAGAUCUUUCUUCCAAGCUUGAUGAUUGUGGCAUAGGCGAGGUCUUAGUGUAUUUUUAUACAAGUAUUUAAAUACCAGAACACUGUCACCUUAUUUCAUGGUAAUUUAAUAAAAUGGUAAAUGGUUUGAACCCCUACAUAGCACAGCUCUGCAAAUGAUAAGAACUUGAAGAAGACUUCUCAAGAGUAAGCGUAUUCCACCGCGCUGUGUAAUGGGGAAACAAAACAUGCCAGUAAAUGAUACCGAUGAUACUCACCCAGGUUUAGACAAAUUAAUCAUCACAAGAAAUGUAAUUCAGAAAUAUCUGAGGGGCCAGAGGUUUACCGACUCUGAUGUUGAGUUAUAGUUACACACAUUGUAAAUGUAAUGCAAUGUAUUUCUCGUGUAAGGGUUUAUGGGAUUACACACUUGAACUCGUAGGCCACUCUGUAUUGUUAUAUUAUAUUAUAUUUUAGUGCAGGUGAUAACUAUUCAGCUUUCUAUAUUGUGAUUUUGCAUACAUUUUCUUGAAGGCUGAUUGUAAAAGCAAACUAAAAUAUUGGAAAUGUGUGGAAGUAGGUGAAGAAUAGCUGUACAUAUUAUUUCAUGGGCUAUUUAAAUCCACCCAAAAAAAAAAUGGCCCCCAUAAAUCGUUGUUCCAUUGCCCAUCUAGCUAAUUUCUCCCUAACCCUGCACUAGGUUUGACCUCUGUAGUUGGGACAUGGCUUUGACGAUUAACAUACAUCGAUGGAAUACUAUUAUUUGUUAAAGUCUGAGUCCACCACAACUUCCAAGGAACAAACUGAUGACUAGAGGCAGAUUCAGGCUUGUUCUGUGUUUUAAUAGUAACUCUUUUAUCUCUCUUCGAACAGGGCUGCACGGGACACGAAGCCUCUUCAGCUGGGACCAGGCCUUGUGUCCUGGCAUUCACUAUAACAAUAUGCUUUUAUCUGGUGAAGGAUAUUCAUGUAAAGCAAGAUCUCCAAAGAUUGAUCAUAAAUUCUGUUCUGUUGUUAUAAAUCAGUGCAAUCAAUGUUUUUUAAAAAAAAUGUAAUAGAAUCUUAGAAUCAUAUGCCUGUACAACAUAUCUGAUCACUGACAUUGUUAGUAGCUAAUACCAAAAUGUCUGCUUCAUCAAUAUGUAUCAUUUAUCUUGUAUUUCUGUUGGUUGGAGUGUACAGCUGUCAACAUACAGUCCUUGUCUCUACAACCAACUUUGUUCAAUCAAGAAUUUGCUUUUCAUUUUAGUUAUGAACGUGGCUGUUAUGUCCUUCUAAUGAGCCGAUAGUGCAAAACGGUGAGUGCUGAAGGUUGCCUCCCCCCGAGAUAGUCUAUAACCGUUUACUGUAACUCAUCUUUUUUUAUCGAAUACGUUCAGCACUUUCAAUUCAUUACUAGGAUAUAACCCUCCUGCUCAGUUUAAGUUUCUAUUUUUCCAUUACUGAGAUUUGUAUAUAUAAGGACUGUAAAACCUGCUUUUAGGGAAUAGAUGCUUCUCUAAAACAUGUAUUUUAAGACUUUUUGUUUCUGUUUUUGCUUGUGGAAUGGGAAAAAAUAUAAUUCACAAGACCAGGAUUCUGUUUACCUCUUGGAUGUUGUCUGAAGGGCCAUGAAAUUAUGUUGACGUUUGUUCCAAACUUCCUGUUUAUGGAUCGAGUGCCAUGUGGUCAACGUUAGAUUUAGUGUGCAGGUUAACAAAAGAAAAUUUGUUUUGACAGCGGGCAGCGUAUUAUCUGUAGUUGUUAGAAAUAAUAAACUGUUAAGGUCAGAUCUUCCAUUAACUGGGGAUCGUUGUACUUAUGGAUACCAGAAUGAAAUAGAUGCACUGGGAGACAAGAUGUUCUGCUAGUCUUUCUAUGCUACAUAUCUCUAAUGUUUCUAGGUGGAACCUCUGUUUGUUAGACUGUCAGGUGCUUCAAUCCAAACCAACAUAAUUGUAAGUACUGCCCAGUAGUAGCUUAAAAACAUAGCUUGAACUUGGAGGAUUUUUCCAAAUCAGCUAUUUUAAUUUAAAAUAGACAAAAUGACCAACAAUUAACAGAACCAUGAACGUCCCUAGAAUCCCCCCCCCCCCCCAGUCCUCUGGAUUUGCUGUUCAAGUGACUGGAUUUCAGGGCUAUGCAACCUUUGGCAGACGUUGUGGACUAGAUUUCCUGGAAUGCUUUAUAUAGCCAAGAUGCUUGCAAAGCAUCAUGGGGGAGGUAUCUUUGCUUCGUCUUUUGGGCCAUUCUAUAAUAAAAUGGAUCUUUCACCCUGCACUGAGAAGCCUGUGGUUCUGUACUUCUGUUUCCAGAGCUACACCUAGCGCAUCAAGUCACUCCUCGCAAAAAUACUAACAAAUUAAGUUAAUAUUUUAGUUUUUUUUUUUUUUUUACAAAUUAAGUAGCAGAUGAUUGUUGUUUUAGCAUUAGGUGUCUGCUUUCUGCCAUUUACUUGUUUUUUAAUGACUUGGUUAUUUUUUUUUCUUAUAGUUUUGUUAGUUGCACAUUCAUAAGACGUCUCUCAUGAGAAAUACAAGGUGAUGCUUUGUAAAAUACGAUGUGUUAUUUACAGUCUAAUUGUGAAGACAACAGGAACAUGAGUGUGUGGGUUAGGGCAAUGUUUAUUUUGUGUGAUGCAGUUUUUUUUUCUUAAAUAAACUCUAUAUUAUACACACUUGAGGCCUG